CAAAAAAUGUUGUCCCAAUAUAUGGAGGAAUUUGAACAGGAACCCUUCGAGGUUAGUGAAUUUGUAGAGCGUUUAACUUGGCGUACAAACAAUGAAUGCAGUAAUAGUGGUAAAAUCUCAAAAACAGAAGCCGUAAUAGCGGCCGGAGUUGAAGAUUUUAAUCCGACAGCGUUACACGAGACUUUUACGCAAACCAUUAAGGAUUUGAAAAUAUUGCAAGAAAAACAGCAAGCAAAAUGUGAACGUUUGGAAGAAUCUUUGCGACAAGAGCAAGAAGCUCACGGUAAAAAAAUUUUUAAAUUACAAGAACGUCAUCAAUUGGCUUCUAAUGUAUUUUGGCAAUUGGAUGAGAAAAUUAGUUCGGUGGCCGGUAAAAUCACACACUUGGGUGAGCAAUUGGAAAAUGUCAAUACUCCACGUAGCCGUACGGUUGAAGCUCAAAAAUUACUUAACUAUAUGUCUGAAUUUCUACUCGCUGGGCCAAUUGUUAAUGAUAUUUUCACUGAUCCCGGUAGACUUUACGAGGCGGCCGAUAUUAUACAAAAAUUGUAUGCAAUAGCUCAAGAUUUACCCACAGAGAAAUUUGCGGAUCCGAUAUGUAAAAUUGAAAAAAAAUAUGACGAGGUGGAAAGACGUUUGAUUGAAGAAUUCGCAACAGCUCAGAAAAGUGAAGAUAUUGAAAAAAUGAAAAAAUUAGCACAAAUAUUAUCCCAAUUCAAGGGCUACAAUCAAUGCAUUAAUGCCUAUAUAGAGCAAAGUCAAAUGACCCCUUACGGCGGCAAAGAUAUAUUUAUUGGUAUCGUUCCUAUGUGCAAACAUCACUAUGAAAUCAUAAAAAAAGUAUUUGCCAGUCCACAACAAGUUAUGUCGAAAUUUAUUUUGAAUUUUUAUCAACUUAAAUUGCAUCAGUACGCUAUGACUAAACUGGAAGAUAAACGUGAUGAAGAUAAAUAUUUAAAAACCCUAUAUGAAUUGUAUUCAAGAACGCUCAAGCUUUCUAAUGAUCUUCAAAUUUAUAUGUCUACGAUGGAUGAUGACCUUUUGAAUAAGUUGACACAACAGAUUUUUCAAAAGCAUAUUCUCGGUUACAUAGAAAUCGAAUCAAGAUUUCUAACAUCGAAAUGUUUCAAUGAAUUGGAGAAAUUCUAUUUGAGUAAAAAACAUCAAAAGAAGCAAACUGAACGUUUUCAAGAAUUGAAACGUGACAUGCAAGUGCUUAUAGGCACAAGAGCUAAUAUAAAUAUAGCGCAGAUUGAAGAUUAUGGCGGCGAAACUUUCCUUUCGGAAGAAUUGGCCAUUAAAAUGUUACAAGAAGCAAAUGCAGCUUUGAAAAGAUGCCGUUUACUCUGUAACGAAUCCGAUUUGCCUGCGAACGUGAUCAAACUUAACGAUAUUCUCUUUAGAUUUUUAAUGCAUGAGCAUGUUAAUUACGCUCUAGAACUAGGUCUACAUGCAAUUCCAAUAGUUGAAAGUACCAGAACUUUGCCGCAAUUGUAUUUUCUUGAUGUAGUGCAAAAAACUAAUAUUAUUGUGCAUUUGUUGGACAAUCAAUGCAAUACGUCUGUAGUGCCUUAUGUUAGUAAUACCCCAAAAUAUUCAGACUAUCUUUUCAAGAAACGCAUACUCAUGGAACAAAUGGAAAGCAAAUUAGAUCAAGGUUUGGAUCGUACCAUUAAUGCGGUCAUAGGAUGGGUAAAACUUUAUUUGCAAAAUGAACAAAAGAAAACCGAUUACAAGCCAGAUACCGAUGUCGACACAAUAUCGUCAGCGGCUUGCUUGCAUGUUGUUCAAAAUUUGCAGCCCAUAAUUCAGCAAAUCAAAAUUUGUGUAGACGGAGAGAAUCAAAAAAAUAUAUUACACGAAUUUGGCAUACGCUUGCAUCGUGUUAUUUACGAUCACUUACAAACUAUGCAGUUUAAUACGGCCGGUGCAAUGUGCGCGAUUUGCGAUGUGAACGAAUAUCGAAAAUGCAUACGCGAACUUGAGAAUCCAACAGUUAUCCAGUUAUUCGAUAUUUUACAUGCGCUUUGCAAUCUUCUAUUGGUAAAACCGCAAAAUCUACUUGAAGUGUGCACAGGGGAUACUUUGAAUUACUUAGACAAAUCAGUUGUUCGUCAGUUUAUACAAUUACGUGCUGAUUUUCGUGUCAUCAAGAGUACCAAUUAUAUUAAAGGCAUUUUAGAGUAAAGGAUUUGUACUUAUUGUAUCAGAAAUCACAACCGAACUGGAAAAUGUCUUCGAAAAUGGUUAAUGUAUUAUGUAUAUAAAAAAUAUCUAUUCAUAAGUAUGUGUGCAAAUACAGUUAUUAUAUAAUUAUUUAAUUUAUUGUUAGUGACAAUUUAAUCUACACAGAUUCGUAAAACAAAAAUUAUGAUAUUUUUUUUUUACAUAGGAAACAGAAAACAGGAUAUGCCGAUAGACAGAAAUCAAAAAACUACCAUUUUUCUAUCUAAUUUUUUUACAAAUAUUUAUGAAGUUUAAAUAUUAUCUUGUAACGAUCUAUUUAUUAUUAUUUAAACUUAUGUGCAGAUUUUUUCUUAUUUCAUUUAUAACGGAGACGGAUGCGCGUUUAAAUUCCUUCCUGCUACUUCCUAAGAAAGUAAUUUUCUUAUUAGUGCGUUCUUUAGGGGGCAGAUAAGAAAGGUGCACAACGAUGCCGUAGUUAAUUAUAGCGGGGCUCUAUCUUAAGACCGAUUGGUUUUUAUAUAUAAUCGGAUUUUUGCUUUAUGAUUCAUCGCUCUACGAUUCUUCGCUUUUCUCUGAUCUAUAGUCGCUCGUUAAUUGUUCAUAAGACACCGCUUACUUUCUUGCUCGGCUAAGAUAAUCCUAUUCAAAAUUACCAUUACAUACGAGGAGAGAAUCCUGAACAGAAUAUGCACAAUUUCAGUUGUAGUAGUGAGUGUUGAUUAUCAUAUUACAUUGUAGAAGAGAGGGAAACUGUUAAUAAGUUUAUUUAAUAGACUUAAUAAAAUUUGUACCGUUACUAGAAUUUUUUAGUGGAUAUUUAGCCGUUUUAACAACUUUUACUUAGUAUGUGCGCUCUCAACUUGCCAUUGAUGUUUGAUCGAACAUGUGUCAAACACUGGGUUUACAAAUUCCUUCGUGCGCCUGCAACUUCAAUAUUAAUUCGUAAGAACGACACCGUGACCUAAUGAUGCCUUCGAACCAUUUUUGAUCAAAUCUUGGAUUCCUGCGGACAUGUCUGUUUUAUGCAAAGUAAACAUAGUAUAAAUAGCUGGACACAAUCUAUACGUCGUGAACUACUGCAUAAAUUAUUCAUAGAAUUAAUUAGUAUUAGUAUCAGUUACAUUUAUACGAGGGAAAUGGUGACUUGAUGAGUAUUCAGAAGUCGGUAAGACAAACGGGCAAAAAGCAAAGAAAAUUAACUUUAUUUAUUUAUUUGUGACUGAAACAUUUCCUCGGCUAUCUGAGAAACUUCUUGAUGCAAUUUCUUCUCUCACUAUUAGAAUUGGACGCAAACUUUUCACAUUAACAGAAUGGAACGCAAAUUUAUCGAAAUUUUCCUUUGAAGCGUUGCCAUUUAUUGAAAGUAACUAUAUUCUCUUUCCACUCUCAACCUAUGGUUGUGUUAUGUUUAUUUUUGCAUUUGCUUAGUGAGACUAUAAAGCAAGAGAGAGGAAAGGCUGUAAUCAGAAGGAUGGGAUAAAUAAUAAAAGCUCUAAUCGACAAGAGGCCUAAUCCACUCAGCUAAUUUGAUCAAUUCUUCGCAUAAUAAGCAAUUUUGAGAGUUUCAUUUUUUAUUAA